AUGCCUUGGUUAAGACUAAUUUCAGAGUCGUGAAUACAUCCCUCCGUAUCAUGGCGUACGUGAGACACUUUCGGACAUUAGUUUCGGGAUUUUACUUCUGGGAAGCAGCUCUGCUACUCAGUUUGGUUGCAACAAAGGAAACAGAUAGUGCCAGGUCUCGAAGUGCCCCAAUGUCACCUUCGGACUUUCUGGAUAAAUUAAUGGGGAGGACAUCUGGGUAUGAUGCAAGAAUCAGACCCAAUUUUAAAGGUCCUCCAGUUAAUGUCACAUGCAACAUAUUCAUAAACAGCUUUGGUUCUAUUGCCGAGACAACCAUGGAUUACAGAGUGAAUAUCUUUCUCCGUCAGAAAUGGAACGAUCCCCGUCUUGCAUACAGUGAAUAUCCUGAUGACUCUUUAGACCUAGACCCUUCCAUGUUGGACUCCAUUUGGAAGCCUGAUUUGUUCUUUGCCAAUGAAAAGGGAGCCAACUUUCACGAAGUUACUACAGACAACAAAUUGUUGAGAAUUUUCAAGAAUGGAAAUGUUCUUUAUUCAAUAAGAUUGACCCUGACUCUCUCCUGUCCAAUGGAUCUCAAGAAUUUUCCAAUGGAUGUACAGACCUGUAUCAUGCAGCUGGAAAGUUUUGGGUACACAAUGAACGACCUCAUUUUUGAAUGGCAAGACGAGGCACCUGUGCAAGUGGCAGAAGGACUCACUCUGCCCCAGUUUCUGUUGAAAGAAGAGAAAGAUUUACGAUACUGCACUAAACAUUAUAACACAGGAAAGUUUACUUGUAUAGAAGUUCGAUUCCAUCUUGAACGACAAAUGGGAUACUAUUUGAUUCAGAUGUACAUUCCCAGUCUCCUGAUCGUUAUUCUAUCCUGGGUUUCAUUCUGGAUCAAUAUGGAUGCUGCUCCUGCCAGGGUGGCUUUGGGAAUAACCACGGUGCUGACUAUGACCACACAGAGUUCAGGAUCACGAGCUUCCCUACCAAAGGUUUCAUAUGUCAAGGCUAUUGACAUUUGGAUGGCAGUGUGCCUCCUUUUUGUGUUUUCAGCACUUCUGGAAUAUGCAGCUGUAAAUUUUGUUUCAAGACAACACAAAGAACUUCUGAGAUUUCGACGAAAGAGAAAGAAUAAGACAGAAGCUUUUGCAUUGGAGAAGUUUUACCGUUUCUCAGACACGGAUGAUGAGGUAAGGGAAAGUCGAUUCAGCUUCACAGCCUAUGGAAUGGGGCCAUGUCUACAAGCAAAAGACGGUGUGACCCCAAAGGGCCCAAGUCAUCCUGUCCAGGUAAUGCCAAAGAGCCCAGAUGAAAUGAGGAAGGUCUUUAUCGACCGGGCCAAGAAGAUUGACACCAUCUCCCGAGCCUGCUUCCCACUAGCCUUUUUGAUUUUUAAUGUUUUCUACUGGGUUAUCUAUAAAAUUCUUAGGCAUGAGGAUAUCCAUCAGCAGCAAGAUUAA